AUGACGAACGUACUUCGAAGAAAUAUCAACUACUACCAGCAGUGCACAGCCAUCCGAUUAGCUGACCCUUUGAGAGGACCAGUAAUACUCAUAACAGCAGAAGAAGUAUGGCUUGCUGUAACAAGGACAAAGUACGGCAAGGCUUCUGGUCCAGAUGACAUACCAAAGCGAAAAUGGAAAAAAAUGCGGGUGCCUUAUGGCUUGCAGGCCUCUUCAAUCAGGUCAUCAAAGCUAAGCCCCGUGAUCGGUCAAAGAGCACAACGAUUCCGAUAUGGAAAAAUGAAGGCGAUAUCGCAGAUUGUUCAACGUAUCGGCCAAUCCGGCUGA